AUGCUCCCGAGGCCCCGGCUCCAUCAUGUAUGGUUCUUUGAGAGCAAGGAAACUUUCAGUCUACCGCCCUUGUGCAUCGAUCCGCCCACAAAUGGUCAACUGCGGAUACCAACUCACAUGGUUUCUGCAAUGGUCAAUAUAUGCCUCUCCCUGUCCACCGCCGCCACCAUCAACCACCGCUCGUCCGCCAUUGAGGAUGGUGCUUGUGACCUGGUGUCGACCCAGUCUUUGGCGUAUCACAAUUCGUCUCUUCCCUCGCCGCCUCUGAAAGUGUUUAGGAAAGGAAAGGUGCCUUGCCGCCGCCGACUGACACCCGCCCGCCCCCGUGGGAUCCGAACAGCCAACAACGACCCAAACACACCCGCUCGCUACCCAUGUCUGCCAAGCGUGCCAGGCAGGCUGCAAAAAGUUACCCUCAGUCUCAAGGGAAGGGCAAGGGAAGCAAAGGAUCCGAACUUGUCUUGGCCUUUCUCUUUCUGCCUCUUCAUCCGCUUCCAGCUUCCGCUUCCAAAGCCUGAUGAGCACCCGACAAGGGACUUUUCAUUUAACCCUCGCCCAGCGCAGUCCAUGGCCGGGCCUGCUUACAUGUGGAACAUUGACGUGGGAAAGACCACUGCGAACAAAAUGAGGGCAUCGCACAAGCAAUGGAUAAUAAACAUCUUUGCCAACAGAGCGGCGCCAGCAAUCAGCACCCGCCCGGCCUGGACUAGGCCACGCGGUCGAAUUUCCGUCAUUUCUUCCUUCCAGACUGAUCCUGUCGCUGUUCCCGACAGACAGCCACGUCCAAUAUUCAGUAUUUUCCAGCCCUGGUUUGGCUUACUCUUACUGCUUAUCAUUGUUUUUGGUGGACCCGGCCGUACACUCAACUCGGUCACCGGAGGGAAGGCUUCGUGGGGUCCCGAGGCGAGUCUCUUGCUCGGCGCUCACCCAGUGGUCUCUAACUCUCACACUUACUUCCGCACCGUACCCCCAGCGUGUAUCUUCCUCUCACGGCAAAUCGUCUUCUGA